AGAUUUGGCCCACCGUGUCCGACCUCGCCACCACCGUCGACUGGCCAUGCACCAUGCGCGCGAUGGACGCAACGCUGCUCGUGGGCGUCGAAGGCACCAGGGCGUGGAGCUGUCCGCAGCGGCGGGUGAUCGUGGGGCCGAUGGUCUUCACCAGCGACUUCGAUAGCGGCAACAUGGGACCGGUCCAACUGGUGACUGAUGCCGAGCAGGAGGACUUGCUCUAUACCAUCGACGUGGCCCCCGAUUGCGCCGGCACUCCCCACGCCAACGGCUACCGCAGCUGGUUCUUCUUCGGCCUCUCCGUCGCCGAGCCCAUCGAAAUGGCCAGCUUGGAGGCGAAGGUUCCGGUGGAAGUGCCGGUGGAGAGAGGUGAAGCUCUAGAGGAUGAAGGCGACUCCAAACACGUGACGUGUACGAGCACGUGCUUGGAGGAGGGAAGCCGGAUGAAGGCGGAUGCUGAAGGCUCGAAGUCUACUUCAAGUGAUAGUGCUGCUGGAAAUGAUGCCGAAGAGGAGGAGCCUGCGAAGCCGGAGAUGACCAAGACAGAGCUGCCCCAAGUGAACUGUGAAAUCUCCGUGGUCCUCACGAUCCGCAACUUGAACAAUCACCGGAAGCUCUUUCGUGACGGCUACCGCCCCUGGUGCAAAAUGCCUGGCAAGCCUUGGAGCCGUUUGCCGGACACGCCUCAAUUGGGCUUCGCCAUCGUGGAGGGGGAGGAGAUGGGCAUCCGGUGGAGACAUGAAGCGUCUCGCGGAUCGGGGACCGUUUACUACGCCUUUUGUGCUCCCUACAGCUAUUUGGACUGUCAAGGCCUCUUAGAGGACUUAGAGGACACAUUCAGCAGCUGUCCAUCCUUUUCUUGGCCCGAUGAGGGCCGAGGUGCUCUGAGAAACCUUUCCAAGUCCAUCAAUGAUGACUGGUGGCCGAAGGCAGGCACAGACCUGCUGUUCCGCCGGCAGCUUCUCAAUCGCUCCCUGCAGGGCCGCCGGGUGGACCUGUUGACGGUGAGCAAAGCGAGUGGACUCAAGGAGCUGGAGGUUUGGCCGCCAGACUUGCCCUGCGAGAGCCCUCAGGUGCCGAAGAUGGCCGAGCGGCCCAUCGUUUUUAUCUCUGCACGUGUUCAUCCAGGUGAAACACCUGGACAGUUCGUUUUCCUGGGCAUCCUGCGGUUUCUUCUUUCAGAUGACCCUCGCGCGCGGAGCCUGCGCGAGCGCUUCCAGUUCAAGUUGGUGCCGAUGCUGAACCCCGAUGGCGUGGCCUGUGGCCAUUAUCGGACGAACAGCCUGGGAUUGAAUCUCAAUCGACACUAUGACAAGCCAAGUCCACAUCAGCAUGAAGGCAUUUGGGCGGCGAAGCGGAUCUUAUCCUCCUGGUCCAAGCAGGGCCGCUUGCUCUUCUACCUGGAUUUGCAUGGGCAUGCUUCGAAGCGUGGUUGCUUCCUCUAUGCCAAUCGUAUGGCUGGACCGGGCCAGGGCUGGAAUUCGGGAUUUGCUCGCUUGUGCCAGAUGAACUCGCCUCACUUCGAGUUGGAGCAGUGUGAAUUCGGUGAUGAGGUGGACAAGGAGAUCGAAGGUCGUGAAGGUGAGGUCCUGCGGUCGGCCUCUUCGAAGCCGACCGGACUCGACUCGGGCAACCGUGGCAAGCGUGGCUCGGGUCGUGUGGCCAUUCAUCGAGACUGCCGGCUUUGCAACGCCUACACCUUGGAAUGCAACUACAACAAGGGAAGAGCUACGAGACCCAUUGUCCCUCCCAAAGGCUUGCUGGGUGCAGAUCCACCGGCAGCCGAGCUUUUCACUGAGGAGCCAGUUCCCUAUGCACAAGGUGUUUGGGCACAAGUGGGCGAAGCCUGCGUGGUGAGCAUUUUGGAUCUCUUCGGCCACAACUGCCACUCGCGUAUGCUCAACAGCCGUGGUUCCCUGCACAGCCUUCUUGGGUCCACGAUUCGACCUCGCACUGGCCGCAUGACGCAUGUGAAGGAUGUGCUGCCGCAAGGAGUUGGCCUCACCCCAGAAGACAUCGCUGCCCGCGAACGCCCCUGCUGGCGCAGCGCUUGCGGCUGGGCCACCGCCACGAGCUCCGCCCCUGCGGCGCCGCCGCGCGGUGCCAGCCGCGAGGCGGCUGCGCCCGUGCCGCGGGCGUGGUCGGCUCAGACGUCGGAGCUGCGGAUUUGCGGCGCACGCGCCGUGCCACGCGCCGACGUGGCGAAGGAGGAGGUGGCUCCGCGUCCCGGCAGCGUGCUGCGACGGCGGCGGACCUUGUCGAGUGACCCGCGAAAGGCGCAUAGAGGUGAGUCAGCCAAAGUGCGGCCACCGGAAGUGAAGCUGACUGCUUUAGCGCACUGAGCCAGA